GGCGCGCCAGAGUUGCAGUGGUGCGCUCUUCGGGUGAUGCACAUGUGGUCUUGCGCCUCUCCUGCUGAGAGGAACAGGGCACACACUGCACGACGGGCGGCGGACCGUGCGGAGAGGGAGAUGCUGGGGGGAGAGGAGGAGUUAUGGGGCCCGUUCGGGGAGGUCGCUUCCACGGGCGGCCCAGAGGCGCAGGCGACGACCCCCACUCCGACGAGGCGGGAGUCCAUGCCGCCACCUCCUGCUCCGAGUCCUGCACCACCAUCGCCCGUCUCGCCACUUCAGCCGGCCACGGCAACAGCGGACAGGGAGGAGUUGGGGUCCUUUUUGCCUCAGCGCGGACUUCUCCACAGAGGCGGGGCAGUCCGCCAGCUGAGGUUACGUUCACCUUCCCCGGGGAUAUUGCAGGAGGAGGGGGCACCAUCGGCAACAGCAGUGGAGGGGCAGGUGGCACCAGCGGCGGUGGCGGACGCAACGAUCGCAGCUGAGGUUGACGAGAUAGCAGCAGCAGCAGCAGUGCUGAAGGAGAUGGCAGCAUCACUGCUGGCGGAGGAGGCACCGGCGGCAGGAGGAGCAACAACAGUGGAGGGAGGGAGGCGCUGCACUUGGAGAGAGUUCGGGGCGGAGGGGUUGGGGAUGCCUCAUGGAUCCCGCCGUGAGCAGACCGUUGCAGAGGCUAGUGCGAGGGUUGUUGUGCUGAGGAAGGGAGGAUGCCCAGUCACCAUCGAGGAGGAUGAUCCUGAUACGAAUGCGGCUGUGCGGGAGGCAGACGAGGACUAUGAGGGCAGAGAGGACGGAGAGGAGGAAAGCAGGAGCGGUUCUGAUGGUGAUGACGACGACGACUACGAUGAGCCCCAACCUCCCCCAGGACCCCCACCGACGCGUUGUCGACCGGUACAAGGGAUCUGCCAGCCUCCAACACCUGUCUCUUAUACACAUCUAGAUGUGUAUAAGAGACAGAUCCUGAUACGAAUGCGGCUGUGCGGGAGGCAGACGAGGACUAUGAGGGCAGAGAGGACGGAGAGGAGGAAAGCAGGAGCGGUUCUGAUGGUGAUGACGACGACGACUACGAUGAGCCCCAACCUCCCCCAGGACCCCCACCGACGCGUUGUCGACCGGUACAAGGGAUCUGCCAGCCUCCAACACAAACCCUGUAUCUCGCGCCGUGUCUGUCACCCACGGGAGGGUUGGUCGGGGCUCCUGUAACCUGCACAAUCAACGUCAAUACACAUC